UCCAGCUCGGCCCUGAGCUGCCCCGCUGAGGGCACAGGCUCCUCGCGAGCCUCGUGGCCCCGAAGCACAAAGAAGCCCUUGAGGCCGGGGGUGCCCGAUGGGAAUGGAAAAGGGAGGUCAGCAGAUAAGGGCGGGCGCUGCCUCCCGCUAUAAAACCCGGGAGCCCGCCCGGCCCGGCCCGGCCGCCGCUGUCGCCCCGGGGUGUGCGUGGACAGCUCGGCACCAUGAAGUGGCUCGUCCUGGCCCUGGCGUGUCUCCAGCUCGCAGAGGGGGUGGUGAGAAUCAAUCUGAAGAAAGGCGAGUCCAUACGGGAGAAGAUGAGGGCAGCUGGAGUGCUGGAUGACUACCUGAAGAAAAUUAAGUAUGAUCCAGUUAAGAAAUACAGCUCCAAAAAGGGCUACGUUGUGAACCAGCCGAUAACCAACCACCUGGAUUCCUCCUACUUUGGGGAGAUCAGCAUUGGGACCCCUCCCCAAAAGUUCUUGGUGCUCUUUGACACCGGCUCCUCCAACUUUUGGGUGCCCUCCAUCGACUGCAAGAGUCCAGCCUGCUUCAAUCACGCCAAGUUCAAGCCCAGCGAGUCCGACACCUUCGCCCCCAAUGGCCGGUCCCUCACCGUGACCUACGGCAGCGGCUCCGUCACCGUCGUGCUGGGCUCUGACACACUCAGGAUCCAGAACAUCACCGUCACAAACCAGGACUUUGGGCUCAGCCAGGAAGAGCCGACCCAGCCUUUCUACUUUGCUGAUUUUGACGGGAUCCUGGGAAUGGCCUUCCCCUCCCUGGCAGUGGGAGGGAUGCCCACGGCCGUGCAGGGAAUGCUGCAGCAGGACCAGCUCGCCGAGCCCAUCUUCAGCUUCUACUUCUCACGCCAACCCACCUACCAGUACGGGGGAGAGCUGGUUCUCGGGGGAAUCGACCCUCGGCUCUUCCAUGGGGCCAUCACGUGGGCACCAGUGACCCAGGAGCUCUACUGGCAGGUCACACUUGAGGAGUUUGCUAUUGGGCAGUCAGUGACAGGCUGCUGCAGCCAGGGCUGCCAGGCCAUCGUGGACACGGGGACGUUCCUCCUGACUGUGCCCGAGGAGUACAUCGAGAGCAUCCUGCAGGCCCUGGGUGCCCAGGAGACCAGCUAUGGAUAUGCAGUGGAUUGCGAGGAGAUUGAGAACAUGCCCCCCAUCACCUUCACCAUCAGUGGUGCUCAGCUCCCGCUCUACCCCUCCUCCUACGUCCUGAAUACCAACGGCUACUGCACCCUUGGGAUCGAGGUCACCUACCUGCCCUCCCAGGACACGCAGCCUCUCUGGAUCCUGGGUGACGUCUUCCUCAAGGAAUAUUACACCAUCUUUGACACUGCUUACAACCGCGUCGGCUUCGCCCGCUCGGCGUAGAGCGGUGGGGCAGCACCACCCGGCCCCUCUCCUGGCCCAGCACUGCCCGAGUGCCACGGCAUUCCCAGGGACCUCUAAUGUUCCUUUACUUGCCCACAUGACUCCCCAUCCCUCGGGAUUCCUGCGUGAGGGUGUCCUCACGGUGUCUCCUGUAACAAAUAAACCACAACAUCCCAAAUCACCUCUGACCUCCCGGGUUUGUUGAGCGAUGGCCGAGCACAGACCGAUGGGUUACAGGUCUCAGACUCCCUUUCUCCAGCAAGGUAAGUGCUGUGACAAACUCCAGGGCUGAGGAUAAAGCCACAGGGCUGGUCAGUCCCCACCUCCAACCCUCAUCCUGGGCACUGGGAAAACUCAUGUGGGAAGCCCCCGACCUUCCUUGCAGCUGGAAAAGGUUUACCAAAGUCCUGUGGAUUCAGUCCAAGUUGGAAUGUGAGGUGAGUCAUGACACCCAAAUGACCCCUAACCCCUGAAGCAGGGCUGUUCAGUUGGGUAAAACUGCACCAGAACUGUGGUGUGGCCGAAGGGGAUGGGAAACCCCUCGGGCGGGGGAGGUUGGGUAACCCUGCUCCUUCCUGGGAUCCAGACUCGUUUCAUAGGAGCUCUUUCUCGUUAUCAGGUGCAUUCACAGCUCUGUCAUUUCACCGGGGGAAGGACACAAACUGCUCUGUGCUUUGUGUCAAAAUAUUGACACAGGCUGAGUGCAGGGAGAGGAGAUUAAGUGGGCGCGGACAGCAGGGAAGGGCUUCCCUCCUCCCCAUGGACUGGGAGGUUUCUGGUGGAAAUGGGGCAGUGGCAGGAGGGGACAGGCGAGGGCUGACCACAUCCCUGCUGAUCUUUGCUCUUCCCUUU